UAUAACGAGACAAAAACAAACACCCACAAAAAAAGAUCAAAUUUUUAGCUUGAAUCUUGGUUGUUGUACCUUUGUAACAGAGGUUUUGGUUUGUGGGGUUUGGAGAAUUUUCUUUUUUCCAAGAUUUGGGGAAAUUAAGGAUGUGGGGUUUUGGUGGGAGGUAUUAUUGGGGGAGAAAAGAGAGAGGGAAAGUUGAAGGAUUAGUUGUGGUGUUCGCAUGGAUGUCAAGUCAAGAUCGACAUGUCAAGAACUAUGUUGAUCUUUAUUCUUCUCUUGGAUGGAAUUCACUUGUUUGUCACUCUCAAUUCCUUAACAUGUUUUUUCCUGAUAAAGCUGCAGCACUGGCAGCAGAGAUUGUGAAUGAGCUUGUUGAGGAGCUAAAAGUUAGACCAUGCCCUGUUGUCUUUGCAUCUUUUUCUGGUGGACCAAAAUCAUGCAUGUACAAGGUUCUCCAGAUAAUUGAGGGCAAAUGUGAAGAGCAUGCCAAUCUGGGUGAGUUCCGACUUGUCAGAGACUGUCUUUCGGGCUACAUUUUCGAUUCUUCUCCAGUUGACUUUACUAGUGAUCUGGGUACUAGAUUCAUACUACAUCCAACAGUUCUUGGAAUGUCACGUCCUCCGCCCCUAGCCUCAUGGAUAGCAAAUGGAAUUGCUUCCAGUCUGGAUGCCCUCUUCCUUAGCAGAUUUGAGUCGCACCGUGCCGAGUUUUGGCAGACUCUGUAUGCUUCUGUUAGCACGGGAGCUCCGUAUCUCAUAUUGUGCUCAGAAGAUGAUGAUCUUGCUCCCUGCCAAACUAUUUGCAAUUUUGCUCAGCGACUUAAAGAUCUGGGUUCUGAUGUCAAACUAAUAAAAUGGAGUAGCUCCCCUCACGUAGGUCACUAUCAGCACCACCAACUUGAAUACAAGGCUGCCGUGACUGAGGUUCUUGGAAAAGCUGCGAUGAUCUAUUCUCAAAGAAUUCGUCAACUUGAAGGGGAGAAGAUGGGGUUAGAAGGGACACAUGAUGAAAUCUCUGAGCCAUUAGGCAAUCUUAGAAAAGCUGCUGCUACUGCAAACCAAAGCUUCCAGAGAAUUGCUCUCGAGUUGAAUGACCACUUCAUUGUUCCCAGCUCCGUGGAGUAUCACGAGGGAAGUAAUGGAGGGUCAGUUCAGCACGAACAGAAAGAACGAUACAUUCCUCUAUCAAGCCCACCAAGAAUUAAUGCUCAUGGUGUUCUUGGUCAAAUUUUAUUUGAUGUGUGUGUCCCAAAGGUUGUUGAAGACUGGGACAUAAGGUCAUCGCCAACUUUUAGGAAAGUAUCAUUUGCAUCAACAAGAAGGCAUUCACCUUUCAAUCCUAUGAAAUGCAUUCGUCGUUCAAGAUUGUAGGAUAUCAAUAAUACAAGAGACAUGAGAAUGCUAUGGAAAAGGAAAAAUGACAAUGACUCUUAGGCUUUGCUUGUUCUUUUUGUUGGCGAAAUAAGGACAACGCUCAGGAAUCAGGAGGUACAUUACUUAAAAUCGGCUAAAUGUUAACCUAAAUUUUGGAUGGAGUCUGCUGUGUAAAAGAUAAAUUUACUAAGUGUUACUGUUACCAAGCUUUCAUUUCAUUUUUGCAUUACUCUGAUUGUACAGAAUUUCUCACUUUGCUGGUGUAGAAUAUAAAAAAACAUACCCAGUAUAGUCCUACAAGUGGGGUCCAAUGAUGUAGAUAUAAACAAGCUAAUAUUUAGAACAUUGUUUCGUAAAUGAUCUCUUGAGAUGUAAUAUUCACGUGCACGAAUAGCUUCAAGAUAAAUAUUGUUUUUCGUAUUUACAGUUUUUGGUUUUAGAA